CCGCGGUUCGGGCCAGUCGUCUAUUCGCGAGCAUCCGCACACCGAACUUCGUGUAUAGUGCGCGAAAAAUGAAGUGCAUCACUUUCCUAAUGUUGACUUUUACUGUUGCCAUGAACGUUUUUGGGGCUGAAAUACAAAUUCGGGAUGAGCUGCAGGCUGUUGCUGAGCAGAUAUCAAUCCUGAAAACGAUGCACAACACCGACGUUUCCGAUAUGAAAAAAGAUAUUGAUGACCUCAAGCAGGUUUCGGCUAUCCAUUCUACCAACAACCAUGAGCGCAACGAGCAUGCCACCCUUCAAUGGGCCAAGCGAUCAAUGGAAGAGAUUCGAGUUGAGAUGCGAGAACUGGAGGAAAGCGUGAACAACUCCGUGCUCCUUCGCCAGCUUCACGUUAUCCGAAACGAGUUGAAACAAGCCCUAAUGGAAACCUCAGAUCUCGCCCAACUGGCCCGCACUCAAGAAGCCCGUAUCGACAAAUUAGACAGCGAGGUUGGUCGUAUGAAGUACGAGGGACAACAGAUGAGGACCGUAAUUGCCGAACAACGCACCCAUAUUAACAAGCUUUCCAAGGAGGUCAAAGCCAAGCAAAUUGCUGACAUGAAUCUGGAAAACGAAAUAUUGGAACCGUUUGAAAACCGAGCUGGACCGCUUAAGCCCGAGCGUAAUCACAAGUACCGCCAUAACAAGAUGGUGCAUGCACAAAUAUCAAGGCUCGCUCAUUCUCAGGAUCAACUCGAUGAGUUCCAACAGAGUCUGCAGACUCAGAUCCUUGAUGUUCAGCGCAGAAUGGAUAGAUUCGAGGAACCCAACUGGAACCUACUGUCAGCUAAAGUGGAAUUUUUAGAACUGGAAACCAAGGUAUUGGAUGAUCAUUUGAAGAACGUAACUCAGAAGAUUUCCGACUUCGACAAGGUCCACGCUUCUAUAUUGGAACUGCGAGAAGAUGUUGAGAGCAUCGAAAACAAAGCUGAUAAAACUAUUCCUGAAUUCCGUAAGGAGAUAUCAAAACUGGACGUUAAUUUUGCUCAGCUUAACGCUGCCUCGUCGUACUUCAAGGAGGACCAGGAGAAUCUGAGGCAGUCUGUGAAAGCAAUAGCGGUGAGCGUAAGCAACGCUAUCGACAGGGCUGAGAUGGACCGGCUUGUUAUUAAGAAGAUCAACGAAUCUGUGGAGGAACUCGAAGCGCGAUCCCGUCAACACUUCUAUCGGCUGAACGAUCACAUACUGAAAAGCGAGGCCAACCAUGACAUCAACCAAACGGAAAGCAUUCCUCUACCGGAACUGAUGGGAGAAGUGAAAGAGCUGCAACCAGUAGAACGUGAGUACGAAGAUCUCGUCAACCAGCUCCCAAGGGACUGCUCCAGCAUCUCCGGACCUGCCGGCGUUUACCUCAUCCACCCUGGCCAAGCGCCGUUCGACACGUGGUGCGUAAAUGGAAGCACCUUGAUACAACGACGAUACAACGGCUCGGUGGAGUUCAACCGAAAGUUUUCCGAGUAUGUGCACGGCUUCGGCGACCCGUCUUCCGAGUAUUGGUUAGGCCUGGAAUCUAUGCACCGAUUGACUGCCGAUAAUUGCUCGUCUAUGCGUAUUGACAUGAGUGAUAUAUAUGGAGGAUUCUGGUAUGCUGAGUACGAACAUUUCUACAUUGGAAGCGCCGACUCUGGAUACACGUUGGAAGUGGGCGGAUUCAAGGGUAACGCCAGUGAUGCGUUUGAGUACCAAAACCAUAUGGAAUUUUCAGCUAUCGACCGAGACCGUGAUAUCUCGAACACUCACUGCGCCGGAAACUAUGAAGGAGGAUGGUGGUUCUCCCAUUGCCAGCACGUCAACAUCAACGGAAAGUACACCCUGGGCCUGACUUGGUUUGAUUCCGUGCGCAAUGAAUGGAUUGCAGUUGCAACGAGUGAGAUGCGCAUGUCGCGUCGGCCUGGUUGCUCUUAAACAUCAACCUUAAGUUAGACAUUCAUAAUCACGUAGAACUAAUAACGAUUCAUAUUAUUAAUAAUACUAUUCACUUUCAAUUAUGCCAAAGAUAAAAAAUAAGUAUGGGUAUUUUUAUUUCAUUAGGUCGACUAUCAUUAGUUUCGUAGACAGUAUUAAUUUUUCUGACGUGCGUUCUCUUAUUUCAACUUUUACUUUAUCGACUUCAGUUUUGAUACUUAGUUACAUUCCAUUUUGUAUCUGAUUAGUUUUGGUUUAUCGAAGUGUAAAGUUAAGUUUUGGGUGUGUACUUAUAAUUUAAAUUGUCAAGUGAGCCAUAUUUUUAUAGCGUAUCUGAUCUGACGCCACAAACGGGUCUUUAUAUGAAUGUUAAACAGCCCGACCCGGCAAAAAUGUGUGCGCGUUGUAUUUGUCUUGUAUAUGUUAAUGUAGCUUGGAUGCAGACAACUUAUUGCUAAGUUUAUUUAUCUAUAUUUUCUUACUACUUGUUUAAAAGUUUGUAAAUAUAAUUUUAUUAGGCAAGAGAUGCCAUAUUCUGUUCCGCAUUCAUGGCAGAUUUAGUCAAAGGAGUGUAAAUGAUAAUAUAAGCAAUUAGCUAGUAAGAAUGAUUAAUUAGAAAAGCAUUAAAUGCUUUGAUUUGAAGGACUUGUUUUAAGAACACAUAACAAGGGGAUCGGGAGGUAAAUAUUUAUUUAUUACGAUAUAAUUUGUCAAUGAUCUUUAUUACAUUAACGACAUUGUUUCUGUUUUUGAUAAAAGACUGUCUGCUGAAAGCGCGUUUUGCUUU